AUGAACAACAAUAACAUGAAUGAUUUAGAUCCAAUCUUGAGUUGGAUACUAAACAGUGACACAACAGAUUCAAACGAGAAACCUGUUUCCGAUGAACUUUUGGGCUACUUGCUUGUCGAUGAACAACACCAGCAACAGCAGAAUGCCCUUACUUCAUUCCCUCCCAUUCUCCCCAACAGCCAAUACUCGCCACCACUGCCUCCUCAACCUCAACCACAGGAGUCGAAACUCGGCAAACGUAAGAAUGGACAUAGCUCUCCUUCUGAGGAAGAUGAAAACGAUGACCCCACCGAGGAUCAAUUAAAAAUGAUGCCCUCAAAAGAAAGACGGCAGUUACGAAACAAGAUAUCUGCUCGAAACUUUAGAAAUAGACGCAAGGAGUACAUGGCUACAUUGGAAGAGAAAAUGGACAAAUGUCAAGCAGAGAACAGCCAACUCAAGCUUGAAGUCAAGUGGGUCAGAGGCAUGAUGGAUAAACUUCAGGCUGAAAAUGAUCAACUUCGUCUUGAGCUUGCUCUUUGCAAAGGAGGCAUCGCACAACUUCCUUCUACCACCAACAUGACCCAUAGCACUGUAUCACCACCUACGACAGCAUCGUCCAAUCCGCUGGAGUGGGACAUUGUGCGUGCUCCUCCUCUUCCUGCAGCUGCAGCAGCACCCAUCACUACUACCACAGCUACUUCACCUACAACAGCAUCAUCUACUUCAUCCUCAUACCCUACCAACCUAUCAUCCACAUCCACCGUCAGUGUCUCCAAUGUCUAUUUAGCUCAUGCCACAGUACCAAAUUGGAAUUUGUCUGAAUUGUUGCGCAAACCAUCCUCUUCUUCUGUCGACCUGAUCCGCAACUAUCCAUUACUGGCUCCAGCUCUCAUGUCGAUUGUCAUACAGCAUACCAUGACAAUGACAACAGAGGACAUGAUCUCCAAUUCCACCAUGACUGACCCCACCAUGCCUCAUCCUCCCAGCUCAUUCUCUCCAUUACCAUCAUCAAAUAACCACCAAGACAAAUUUGUUGCUGCUCUGUCAGACAGUGCUCUUUGGCAAACCAUCAUCAAUGCAAAGCCAAAUACGGAAACACCACCUGCUGAGGAGACACAAGAACAAGACAACGAUCAAAAGCUGAGCCUAGUGGAAAUGAAAGCCUACAUGCAAGAUUACUGUCCUCUGAGAUGGAUUCAAAAGCAAUUCUGCAUGUUUGUCCUCUUUUACGUCGUGGUUCAAUAUCCUCGUCUCGAUAAGCCCUGUAGAACAUAUUUGCCCAUCUGCGACAAGUUUAGAAUCAAGAGAUUAGCUAGUAAAUAA